CGCAACGUACGUGCUUCGCUUGUUUAGACGGUAGGGCGGAUAAGUGUUGCGCGAGUUCAAUGGUUUUUUCGCAAAAAAACCUAUUUUCCAAUUGUGUUCUGAUAUAGUUUCAACAUAUUUCAAGAAUUUUAACAAAUCGACGCAAUUUCCACAUAAAGAAAUGCAGUUCAAAUGAUUUUUGGAUAGUGAAAGAGCACGCAACAGUCACGCGUGUGUGUUGAAAGCAAACCGAAUACGAAUAUACGAAGCCAAGUGCGAAAGGCAUUUAACAAAAAGAAAAUUAAUUUAGCACUUGUAAAGUUACAAAAUAAAAAGAAGCAUGAGACGAAGCAAUUUCAAGUUAUACAAAAAGUGUAAAAUUCGAUAAAAUGCAUUGAAAAUGCCCGAAAAGUGAAAAUCCAACAACGCGAAUGCAACAGUAGCGCACAAAGUCGAACAUACAUACUUACACACAACACACACACGCAUGCAUAUGCGCUUGUAUUGAACGCAGUGUGGCCAAGCAGUAAACAGAACAUAGUACACACACAAACAAAACACAGGCACACAGACACCCAGACACAUAGUUGUUAUUGUGCUCUCUUGCAUAUUUGCUAUUGUUUUGUUUGGAUUUGUCAUACGCGCCAUUUCGUUUAUGUUAUUGUUGUUGUGUGCCAGUCGCGCGCGUUGGGCAAGGACGACAACGACGCCAUCUAUUGGAGCAAAUCGGCGCCAACUGCUAGUCAUUUGACAGCCUGCUUACACACAGAUUAAUUGUCAUCGGUGUGUAGUAGUGGGGUGGAGAGAGACGGUGGCUCAGUUAAAGUUUUAACAGCUGUUCAGCUGACGGUAACGGGACGGCCAAGCUGAACCAUGGAUACAUUUCGCAAGUGGCUAAAUAAACCGAAGGCUGAUGACAAAUCCUUGCUGGCACGUUUCUACCAUGCAGACCGUUCGCUGACGGCCGUGGCUAGUGAGCUGGACAGCUUCGAUGGACGCGCCGAGCCGGAUCGGUGCACGCGCUUGGUCAGCAGACUGCGCCAGAAUCAGGACAAAGUGUUGGCCAUAACCAACUUGAUUAUGGAAGAGCUGCUGGGCGAAGAACGUGAUCCGCGUGCCUUUCGCGCCAAAUUCCCGGAAGAAGUGCUGCAGGAGAACCUGGCCGGGCAGCUGUGGUUUGGCGCCGAGUGCCUUGCCGCCGGCUCAUCGAUUUUGAACCGCGAAUCCGAGAGCAAAGAGAUGCGUCCGCUGGCCCAAGCCGUCACCAAAAGUCUGAGCAAUGUGCGAGUUCUGCUGCGCGAUCAAUGCCUGCGCAACAAUGUGCCCAACAGCAAGACGCUUCACCUGGACUUUAACGAUUCGACUACCGAGCAGCUGUACGAGAGUCUCAAGAUCUUCGAUCAUCUCUUCGCCGAGUUCGAACUGAGCUAUGUGAGCGCCAUGGUGCAGGUGAAGUCGCGUCACGAAUACGAGAUGCAGCAAUGGAUUGGUGUGCUCUUCUCGGAAACGCUGCAGCGUGCCCUGAAGAUCGGACUGCUCGAUCAGGACAUGGUGGAUGCUUUCGAUCCGGGCCUUAUGUUUUCUAUACCACGAUUGGCUAUUGUGGCCGGUUUGGUAAUCUAUGCAAAGGGUCCGCUCAAUAUGGAUAUGCCGGGCGAUGAGCUCUCCGAAAUGUUUCGUCCAUUUCGCACAAUACUUAUUAAGAUCAGGGAUCUGUUGCGCAACCUGAGCAAACAGGAGCUGUAUCAGCUGGAGAAACUGCUCUGCACCAAUGAAGAGAUCAACACGAAGGUGCCACUAGGCUACAGCAGCAUUGAGGCACCCAGUCCUGAGCACAACGGCAGCAACAACCACAACAACAAUAACAAUGCCAACAGCAGUGACAGCGGCAGCACAAAAACCAGUACAACAAGCCCGCACAAAGCCGUCGAACGCCUGGUGGAUCAUCGCAACAACAACAACAGCAACAACCACAACAACAGCAGCGGCAGUGCGAGUGCAGCCACACAGGCAGUCGCACGCUCUCCGUCCAUGUUGUCGCUCUCAGCGGGCAGCACGCCCACAGCCUCGCCAGCGCCCUCGCCCACGCCCUCUCAUUCCAUAGCAUCCACCUCUUCGGCGGCCACGACCUCCACAAAUCCGCCGGCCAACUGGAGCGAGGAUGAUGAUGAUGAUGAGGUGGAGGAGGAGGAGGGGGAAGACGAUGAGGAGGAGUGUGGUAUGCUGGACAGCGAUGAGCAGGACUUGAAUGAUGAUAGCGACAGCGAUGUGGAUGAAUAUAUUGAGGCACAAUUGAAGGCCAUUGUGGCAGCGGCGGAUUGUGCCUCCGGCUAUCUAAUACCCAAUACAAAUCUGGGCAAUCUAUUGCAACCGCAAACGGCGCCACUCACGGACAACUUCGUGGCCAGCGAAGACGAUGAGUUUGGCGCAGAACAGGAGCAGCAGCAGCGGCAGCAAGGGGAGCAACUGCAGCCAUCAGAGCAGCAGGAGGAGCCCAGCACCAGUGCUGCCAUGUUGGCCGCACGACGCACACUGCAGCGUCUGCGUUUGCCCAGCAGCAGCAGCGAGAAUGAGCAAACGACCGGAAGCAAUCAGCAAUUGACAAUCAAAACACCAAAUGGCGGCGGGCAGUCAAUGCGCAGCGGAAGCCAUCGACAACGGCACCACAGUCACAGUCACCAUCAUCAUCGACACCAUCACCACCAUCACCAUCACCGCCAGCAUCAUCAGCAGCAGCAGCCAGCACAAGCGGAGCAGCACAGUCAAAGUCACCAUCAUCAUCACCAUCAGACGCAUCCGCAUCGCACAAGUCGCAGCGCACGCAAACGUUGCAGCCAGGAGCAUUGGGAGUCGACGACCGCUGAGCAGCAGCAAACAAUGGAUCAUGGCCAUGGCGUGGCGAGUGCCGAUACCAGCAAUGCCUCGUCCUUCUCCGAUGAUGUGUCGCUGGCCAUGCGCAAUACCACAGCGCGCCUUAAGUUUAAGAGCACUGAGAAUCUGCUGCACCGUCUGUUCGUUUGCAUUGCUGGUGUUGCCGAUCAACUGCAGACAAAUUUUGCCUCUGAUCUGCGCCAGAUAUUGCGCAGCGUGUUCCUUAUCAAUAUGUCUUCGUCCCAGGAGGAUAUUGAUAUACCAGAAAAGACAAAGGAAUCGGAGCUAUUCGAGUUUCGUGCCUCGGAAAACGAUGUGAUACAAGAGAGCGCCGGCUCCAAUCAAAGCAUUUACUCAGCCGAGGAGGUCAAUCCGGAGCUGGACAAUGUGUUCAACAUGGGCAGCGGCAACGGUAGCACCAAUGCAGCCCGUCACUCCGCGGGCGCGGCAAUGCAGCGCAACAAUACCAUAGAUUUGGCCGGUGGCGGCUACAACAACAACAAUAACAGCGGCGGCAGCAGCAGCAGCUCCAACAGCUCGACAGUGGCACGCAGCCAUGUGGCGCGCAGUCGCAGUUUGGGUGAUCAGGAGGCAGCCACCAGCGGCACGUUGCAGGAGGAACAACGGCAGCAGCUGCAACAGCAACAGCAGGCGCAACUGCAGCUACAAAUGCAGCGACAGCGCAACAAUUCCGUUGGCAGCAAUUCUCCUUCUAGCGCCUCCUCGAGCAGCUCCAGCUCGGAGAACAAUUCACCCAUAAGCACGCGCAGUGGCAGCCGCCGGCGUCUGCAUAGCAACUCGGCAUCGAUGCCGUCCAUAGGCUCAACGACAACAACAGCAGCUGCAGCAGCAGCCGCCACCACCACAACAUCAUCAACAACAACGACAAUGUCGCCACCUGCCUGGAUACCCGAUGGCAAGGCGCCGCGUUGCAUGUCCUGCCAAACGCCAUUCACAGCCUUCCGGCGACGUCAUCAUUGCCGCAACUGCGGCGGCGUCUUUUGCGGCGUCUGCUCGAAUGCAUCCGCACCGUUGCCCAAAUAUGGUCUGACAAAAGCGGUGCGCGUCUGCCGCGAAUGCUAUGUGCGUGAGGUGCGCUCGUCCCGGACACAGACGCACAGCCAGGCGAGCAGGCCGCAGGCAGCGAGCGCCUCUUAGGAGUGGCCAUUGGCGCUGCCAACGCCGAGACCAAAUAUGUGCGCAACUCUACUGGCGCCGCCCCAAUGGAGGGAAAAGCAAAACUGUGAAACGCAAUCGUUCGUCAAAAUUGUUUUUGUUUUUUAUUAUAUUUUGUAACCUAAAAGAAAAGAGAAAGAUUUUCAAUUCCUAGACAAGAAGCCCGCAUAUACCCCAUAAAUAUAUAUUUAUACAUAUAUAUAUAUACGAUCUAUAUAUAGAUAUACCGCUAAAUUCUAUUAUUUUUAACAAAUUGACCAAUUCGAGUGUCGUAUCAAAACUGUACAAUAAAGCUUCGAUCUAUGUAUUAUACGCAACUAUCCAUGUAACUAUAUAUUACACAGAUAUACAUAUAUAUUUAUAUAUGUACCAUUCGGUAAACCUAUAAAUAUGUAACUGCAAACAAAUGCUUUCAGCUCAUAUCAUAUGUAUCAAUGCAACAUAUAGAAUAUAUAUAAAUAUAUAUACACACACACACACACACAUUUCUCUAUGUAUGUCUAUAUCAGAUGAUGGCCUGCAUUUCAAAUAGAUCAUUUUCGGUUUUGGGACUGGGGUUCGUAGCGCAACGGAUCGUAGCUAUUAAAUUGAAAUUGUUCUCGUGUCACGUUUAAGAUCUAGAUUCUAGUACAUAAUGUAUAUAUAUUUUUGUAGCAUGUGCAGCAAACUGAGCAGAAUAAUAGACAUAAAUUCUAGCGAAAAUUUGCAUAAAAUUAUUGUGAUUUAUUGUUAUUUAUAUACCCUGUAUUAGUCCCAACAUUAAUUUCCGCAAAAAGCAACAGCAAUACCCAUUAACAAUUAAAUGUAAUAAUAACAUUUACUUUAUGUACAGGGCAUAUAAAUAUAUACAGAUAUAUAUAUAUAUAUAGUCGGCAUGAACCGACUAUUGUGUUCUUACUUUAUACGAAAUCCAAUUUAUGUUAAACAUUUCUUUAAGCUAGCGGAAAAUUGAUUUCAACUUUAUAAAACACAGUUUUACACAUAAUAUACAUAUAUGCCUAUA